AUGAAACUAGUCAAGAGUAGCGACGAAAAUAAUAAGCAUUUUUACCUGCCUCACCAUCCGGUUAUAAAAGAGACAAGCUCAACAACUAAACUACGAGUCGUGUUCGACGGAUCAGCCAAAUGUUCCACUGGAUUUUCGCUUAAUGACUCUCUUUGUGUGGGACCUGUUAUCCAAGAUGAGUUGAUCACGCUUGUACUGCGCUUCCGAAAACACCAGAUUGCUCUUGUUGCUGACAUCGCCAAGAUGUAUCGGCAAAUACUGGUGCAUCCGGAUGACACCCGCUUCCAACGAAUUUAUUGGCGAUUUUCUACCCAAGCUCCAAUACAACCCUAUGAACUCCAAACGGUAACAUACGGGUUAGCACCGUCUUCCUUCCUCGCCACAAGAACUCUUGUACAACUAGCAACUGAUGAAGGGAAAUCGUAUCCUCUAGGUGGUCCAGCAUUACGUAAAAAUGUUUAUAUGGACGAUUUUAUCGGUGGUGCUGAAACUAUAGAAAAGGCUAUCCAAUUACGAAAAGAAUUAACGGAAUUGCUUGCUAGAGGAGGUUUUGUGCUACGCAAAUGGUCAUCCAGUCGACUGGAGGUACUGCAAGGACUAGAUAAAGACGCCAUUGGGACUCAAUCCGCUUUGCAUUUUCAUCCAAAUGAAACUAUAAAAACAUUGGGUAUAAGCUGGGAACCCGAAAACGACUUUCUGCGAUUUUCAUCUCACGUAUAUGAAACCGAUCAGCCAACCACAAAACGAUCAAUAUUAUCAUCAAUUGCAAAACUGUUCGACCCAUUAGGACUCAUUGCUCCCAUCAUCGUCAAAGCUAAAAUUAUGAUGCAAGAGUUGUGGUUACUCACCUGUGAAUGGGACGAACCUGUACCUGAAUCCAUGAGCGAAAGGUGGAGGAAAUAUUAUAAACAACUACCCCGCAUUUCCGACUAUCAAGUAGACCGAUACGCUUUUCUUCCGAAUUCAGUGAUUCAACUCCACACGUUCGCCGAUGCAUCUGAAUCUGCAUACGGUGCAUGUACUUACGCUCGCUCUGAGGACAAUAAAGGUAAAGUGAAGGUGCAGUUGCUAGCCUCCAAAUCCAGAGUAGCCCCGUUAAAACGACUUAGUUUGGCCCGACUAGAACUAUGCGCAGCAGUUCUCGCUGCCCACUUGCACAACUGCAUAAAAACCGCUAUUGAUCUCGACGUGACUAAAUCCUACUUUUGGUCGGAUUCAGCUGUUACUCUGCAGUGGCUGCAAUCACCUCCUAAUGUCUGGAAAACAUUUGUAGCCAACCGAGUUUCGGAGAUCCAGCACUUCACACACGGUGAUCAUUGGAAUCAUGUAUCUGGGAAAGAGAAUCCUGCUGACUUAGUGUCACGAGGAAUGCUGGUAGAAGAUUUUCUUAAAAGCCGAUUGUGGACUCACGGACCAUGCUGGUUGUCACUUCCACCAAAUGAGUGGCCGAUUUCUAACCCGCCGAAUGUAGCUGAAACCAAUUGGAAAUGA